UUUUGCCUUCUCAAGCCUUUCGUUCCUUUAUAAAAAUUAUUCCACUUUCAUUUGUUCUUCUCGAUCACAUUUUUAUGUUAUUUCCUUUCUUCCCCUAGCCAUCAGUACACACGACUCUAUCACCUUCUGGUUUUUUCAUCUUGUUUUUCCCUUUAUUUUUAGUUUCUUCCUCAUUUUUCUGUGCACUCUAUUAUCUCAAUUUGAUAGAGUUUGAAACUCAUUUGAUGCAGAAUUUUACUUUUAUUGGAUCUUACUGCUAAGAAAUAAUACAAUCUCUCAGAUGCACAUCUACAGCUAAAUGAAUAAACACCAAUGGUGGAGAAGUUGAGUUCUGGCUGCCAUGGUUCCCGAUCACAGCUAAAUAGAAAGUGCUUCACUUUCCUUGUGGGUAGACAAGGUUAUUGGUGAAAAGGCAGGGGAAAAUUUACGCCAUGUCACAUCACCAGCCUGGCCCCCAUUGUGGAUCUGUUGUAUCAUUUCUUCCGGUUGUCCCCGUAUGGGCGUACGGGGUAUCUUACCCUGGUCACCCGCCCGCCCAUGGUCCUGUUCGCGAAUAACGCUGGGAAUCCGGACGGCUGGCAGGAGCGGUUCUUCCUCGCUGAAAUAGGCUCCCCGAUGCCAUUUUCUGAUAGAUGGAAUGCUUAUCCGGUGAAGUCCGGCCCGCCGCCUAUGACGGACGAGGAGCUCGGAUAUGCCAAGCGUAUAGCCGGCCUUGGCAUCCAGAACCUCCGGUUGCUGGUGGCCGAGCCUUUCGUAGCUCGGGCAGGAUUAGGAGUUUUUCCGCAUCCUUCCUCCAUGGGACGUUCCAAUAAUAUCCCCAUUAUCCCUGGCCGUCAAGGAAAGAAUCAAGAUAAGGAGAGGAGGCCGCUCGUCCCCAAGGUCGAGCUCCGGGUGACGAGGUCCCGGACCGAGGGUGCUUCAAAUCUUGGCCCCUUUUAAAAAAGAUCAUGUCAUGUGGGAACGGCCUCCAAGGCCAUUAUUGUAGCUGAUGAUUCUGAUGAGGAGCCUGGGAGCCCUCUUAAGCGGAAACAAGCUUCUAACUUUCUAAGAGCAAACCCCCUCCAUCUCCGCCAAAGAAUUCAAACGUUCAUCGUCUUAGGGAUGAAGGUGCUCAUGAUAUCCGCUCUUCUUCACCUCCAGAGGCCAGCAGGUCCUCCCUUGGCCUUAUUGAAUUCUCUGGGUUCGGCCCUCGCAAGGAGUCCAUGAUGCUAUUCGGUCAGACCGCCUCCUCCAUUUGGUGCGGGCUUAAUCUCAAGGUGCCUCAAGACUUUGCCGCUCAGAAGACCCCAGAAGAUCUUCUUGAGUGUGGCCAAAGCACUUUAGACAAGGCUGGCCUUUAUUUUCAUAGAGCCCGGAUGGCCUUCGAGCAGCAGGGGAGGGAUAUGGCCGCCCUGCGGGCUGAGUGCGAUGCCCUGCUGAAGAAUGCUCGGGGUAAGGUUGGGUCCCUUCAAGAGAAGGCUGAGGCACAUGAUAAGCUCGUCCAGGAGAAUGCCUCCCAAAAAGAGCUCAUCAGGAAGCAGAAGGCCGAGCUUGUGGACCUGCAUAGCCGUAUGUGGGCUGUUUCCCACGCCAGGAUUGAGGUUCGUCGCACUGGUGCAGACAAUCAUGUUCCGAUCUAUGAGGCUGAUGUCUCAAAGAUCAAGGAGUCUGGGUCCAUCGAAUUCCAGCAGUCCAAGGAUUAUACUGGUGCCGUACAGGUCAUGGUCAGGAAGCUCUUUCCCAAGUUCGUCGGGGAGUAUCUAGCUGUUUGCCCAUAUCCUUAUCUGAAUCGCAUCAAAUUGUUACAGGCCACCCCUACCGGAGAGCGCUUCCUCAACGAUCUUGCCGAAGACACCUACUUUAAAGGUAUGAUCGGCCUUGUGGCUGAGAAUCUCCCGGUCUUUGAGCGUCACUUUGGAGCUCCGUUUGAUCCUGCGGCGGCUGGGUUUGACUCGCUGAUGGUGGAUGCCUACAUGGGGGCCCUUGCGCUACUUCAAGAGCGUAAGGAUCGCGCGGAGGCCGAGGCCAAGGAAAUAGCGGUGCAGGUUCCUUUCAAGGUACCAACUCCAGACGUCGAUCAGGCCUGAUGCUCCGCUUGUCGCUUAGCACUUGUAUCAAUUUUGUCAUUCUUUACAUUUGUGUUCUGUAUUUUUCCAGCCGAAAGAGCUGAAGAAUAAAGAUCGAUUUUUC